AUGUCCAUCCUAAAGCCUCCUUUGACGUCCCCUGACUCCCAGGAAGAGUCCUCCACAAUGGUUUCGUCCUCCACACACUCCUUGAGGCUGAAGUAUAUGUCUCUUGGGGUUCUGGUGUUGCAGACCACGUCACUGGUGCUCACCAUGCGCUACUCUCGCACCCUGAAGGAAGAUGGCCCCCGCUACCUGGCCUCUUCUGCUGUGGUGUCAGCCGAGGUGCUCAAGAUCCUCACCUGCACCCUCCUCGUCUUAUCUGAGAACAAUUUCAGUGUGCGGGCAUUGAACCAGCUGCUGAAGGAGGAGAUUGUGAACAAGCCUGUGGAGACCAUGAAGUUGGCUGUUCCUGCAGGGAUCUACACACUGCAGAACAAUCUGCUCUAUGUUGCCUUGUCCAACCUGGACGCAGCCACCUAUCAGGUCACGUACCAGUUAAAGAUCCUCACCACAGCACUUUUCUCUGUCUCCAUGCUGGGGAGGAAGCUGGGCAUUUACCAGUGGCUCUCCCUGCUCUUCCUAAUGGCUGGAGUCACUCUAGUGCAGUGGCCCACAGAGUCUGAAGGGGACACAGAGCAGAAAGUCCUGUCUGCAGGCUCUCAGUUUGUGGGAGUGAUGGCUGUGCUGAUGGCCUGUGUGUCCAGCGGCUUUGCUGGAGUUUACUUUGAGAAAAUCCUCAAGGAGACAAAACAGAGUGUGUGGGUCCGUAACAUACAGCUGGGUCUUUUCGGCUUUGUGUUUGGCAUCUUAGGAAUGAUAAUAUAUGAUGGCCAGAGAGUGAGGGAUCUGGGAAUGUUUCAAGGCUACAACACAAUCGCCUGCACAGUCGUUGUCUUACAGGCUUUGGGAGGGUUGGUGAUAGCAGUGGUCAUUAAAUAUGCAGACAACAUCCUCAAAGGAUUUGCUACCUCUCUGUCCAUCAUUGUGUCUACACUCAUUUCAUAUUUCCUGCUGCAGGACUUUAACCCCACUAGCGUGUUUUUCCUAGGGGCAGUGCUGGUUAUUGCUGCCACAUUUCUUUACAGCUACAAGUGCAAACCCGCCUUUGGCAGCACCGUCAAAGUAUAG